AUGCUGUGGCAUCGAAUCCUUGAAGUUCUGCAGACGAUGACCACCAUAACGCAACCGCCCACAGAUCUUGAACGGACAACUCUUCCAUCUGUUGGCGUCCACGGCGUGUUGCCGCGAUCAAAAUGCCCAGCUGCCGCCAGAUAUGGCAACGGUCCUCCACCAAAGUGUACUCUGCCGUCAGAUCCUAACAAUCUUCCACCAUCUCAGCUUGAAAAAUGGUUCACAAAGGAUAUGUUUGUGGACUUGUUCCCGUUUGCAAAUCUUGGUUGGGGACCCAAUCCGUGCCAGCCGUAUUCAUACGAGGCCUUCGUGAUUGCUGCACGAUAUUUCCCGAACUUCGGUACAAGCAGCCCUAAUUCGAAGAUGCAGUGA